UUAGCGAUUAAAUACCAAAAAAAAAAAAAUAAAAAGUAACAUCGAUGUCAUCGAUGUUGCUAUGCAAAUUAGCAUUAAUUUAUUCACAAUUCAACAAUGACGAAAUAGUGUUCAAAACGGGCUACGUAAACGAAUCUCAACCUAUGAUGCAAAUCAAAAGACUACUCUGCAAGUCCUGCACCUUGGGCACCAUGCUAAUAGCCGCUGUGUGGAUCCUGGCCCUCCUUCUCUACAACCACAAUCUUAACAGUUCCAUACACACGGCUGGCUGGAGGUUCAACAAAUCAAAUAAUUCUCCCAGAGCGGAACUAAGCUACGAGGCAAGGGUCACGAGUGGCUGCACUCCCAGCUCUUUCCACUCCAACUCCUCCACAGCAGUAGCAGAGGUUCCCUCCGAGCCACUGGAGCUCCUGGGCGUGGUGCGAAACAAGCAGGACAAGUACAUCCGUGACAUUGGAUAUAAACAUCAUGCCUUCAAUGCCCUGGUAUCCAACAAUAUUGGACUAUAUCGCGAGAUUCCGGACACGCGCCACAAGGUCUGUGACAGGAGCGAGACCAGCGAGGCGGAGCAACUGCCUCGAGCCUCCGUCAUCAUGUGCUUCUAUAACGAGCACAAAAUGACGCUGAUGCGGUCCAUUAAGACCGUUUUGGAGCGCACGCCCAGCUACCUGCUUAAGGAGAUUGUCCUCGUCGACGACCAUAGCGACCUGCCCGAGCUGGAGUUCCAUCUGCAUGGCGAUCUCCGCGCCCGUCUCAAGUACGACAACUUGCGGUAUGUGAAGAACAACAAGCGGGAGGGACUGAUCCGCUCUCGCGUGAUUGGCGCAAGAGAGGCCGUCGGAGAUGUCUUGGUUUUCCUGGAUUCGCACAUCGAGGUGAACCGCCAGUGGAUAGAGCCGCUGCUGCGCCUCAUUAAGGCGGAGAAUGCCUCGCUUGCCGUUCCAGUCAUCGACCUGAUCAACGCAGACACCUUCGAGUACACUCCGAGUCCGCUGGUGCGCGGAGGAUUCAACUGGGGCUUGCACUUCCGGUGGGAGAACCUCCCCGAGGGAACGCUCAAGGUGCCGGAGGACUUUCGGGGUCCAUUCCGCUCGCCCACCAUGGCUGGUGGACUGUUUGCCGUAAAUCGGCUAUAUUUCCAGGACAUCGGCGAGUACGACAUGGCCAUGGAUAUAUGGGGCGGCGAGAACAUAGAGAUCUCCUUCCGCGUGUGGCAGUGUGGCGGCGCCAUCAAGAUUGUGCCCUGCUCCCGAGUAGGCCACAUCUUUCGGAAACGUCGCCCCUACACUGCGCCGGAUGGGGCCAACACCAUGCUAAAGAACUCCCUGCGCCUGGCAUACGUCUGGAUGGACAAGUACAAGGACUUUUAUCUCAAGCACGAGAAGGUGCCCAAGGAGUACGACUAUGGAGACAUUAGCGAUAGGCUGAAGCUGCGUGAGCGCCUCCGGUGUCGAGACUUUGAGUGGUACCUGCGAAACGUCUAUCCAGAGCUUCACAUACCGGGCGAGGAGCCAAAGAAGUCAGCCCCCGGUCCCGUCUUUCAGCCAUGGCACUCGAGGAAACGCAACUAUAUUGACUUCUAUCUGCUGCGGUUGGCUGGGACGGAACUCUGUGCUUCCGUUGUGGCACCCAAGGUGAAGGGAUUCUGGAAGAAAGGCAGCUCCCUGCAGCUGCAGCCCUGUCGAAGCACGUCGAACCAACUAUGGUAUGAGACAGAAAAGUCGGAGAUCAUUCUGGACAAGCUGCUCUGUCUGGAGGCCUCUGGCGAUGCCCAGGUGAUCAUCAACAAAUGCCACGAGAUGCUGGGGGACCAGCAGUGGCGUCACACCCGCAACUCCAACAGUCCUGUCUACAAUAUGGCUAAGGGCACGUGCCUCCGAGCAGCGUCUCCGGCGGUGGGCGCCCUCAUUAGUCUGGACCUGUGCUCCAAGACGGGUGGCCUGGGGGGCGCCUGGGACAUUGUCCAGCAGAAGAAGAGCGUGGAGAAGGCGGACACGGCGCUGUGAGCGGACGGGUUUGCAGCUGCAAUGCAAUAUUAGACUGAUAACUGAUUAGGUGCCAAGUGUAUUAUGUUUAAAUAGUCAGUAUUUUUGCAUGAACUUUAAUAAUAACAAUGGAAAACCCAAAUCAAAACA